AUGGUGGAGACCAACGUGAAGGUGUACAUUGCCUGCAGCUCCGUGCUGUACCUCAAGUUCCUGCUCGUGACGUUCAUCCAAGGCCCCAAGUCCUUCAAGUCGGGCAGUCGUCCGCCCGAGGACGCCCAGCUGCCGAUGGCCGAAGGUCGCGAGAUGGACUACGGACUGGUCGAGACCAAGGACAAGGCGGUGGCCAAAGCGCGCGAGGAAGUCCAUCGCUGGCAGCGCAUCAUCGCGAACGACCUCGAAUCGAUCCCCUUCGCGCUCUUCGUCUUCGGUGGCGGCAUCCUGGCCGACAGCAACGACGCCGUGCAUGCGAGCGCGCUGAUCGUGUAUCCCCACCGAUCGAACUGCUGGUUCGUCGGCGUUGCUGCGACGCUGGUCGGCGUGGUCAACGCCAUCGUGGCCAUCGUGUAA